AUGGAGUACCUCAAUAGGCUGACUAUGAAAAUGCAAUUAGAUAAGAACUUUAAUUUCCAUGCCAAAUGUGAGAAGGUUGGCCUGACCAAUCUUAUUUUUGCUGAUGAUAUACUCUUGUUCUGUAGGGGAGAUUCUAAUUUUGUGGCCAUGCUAUUUGCUACUGUUACUGCUUUUUCUUUGUCUACAGGUCUCACCAUGAAUCCCCAAAAAUGUAAGAUGUUCUGUGGAGGAGCGGAUGCUGUUUCUAAAGAGGCUAUCAAGAGGAUCACUGGUUUUGAAGAGGGUGAAUUACCAGUCAAAUACCUUGGUGUGCCCUUAACUAGUAAGAGGUUAAGUAUCAACCAUUAUCUUCCUCUUAUAGAUAAAAUUGUUGCUAGAGUUAGACAUUGGACCUCCAAGUUAUUAAGCUAUGCAGGUAGAGUGCAACUUAUUCAAAGUAUCUCCUUUGCCAUUACUCACUAUUGGUUGCAAUGCUUCCCUUUACCAAAGUUUGUUCUAGCCAAGACAGACUCCAUCUGUAGAACUUUCUUAUGGACUGGAAAGAGUGACAAGAGCAGGAAAAGCCCUAUAGCAUGGCAUAUAGUUUGCAGACCUAGAUGUAAUGGUGGGCUCAAUAUCAUUAAUCUAUCUAUUUGGAACCAGGUUUAUGAUGCUUUGAUUGAUGAUACUCCAAAGGUUUCAUGGAGAUUUCUGUUGCAGUGCAAUUCAGCUAGACCUCGGGCUUUGUUUACCACAUGGAUGCUAUGCCAUGGAAGACUCCCAACCAAAGAUAGGCUUAUCAAAUUUGGAUUUAUUCAAGACUCUGUGUGCAGCUUAUGUAAUUCUGCCCCUGAAACCAGUGCCAAUCUGUUCUUUCAAUGCAGGACUGUUAAAGAUAUAUGGCAAGCCAUUCUUGAGUGGAUUGAGAUCAAGCAUACUCCCCAGGACUGGUCUAUGGAGCUACAGUGGAUCCUCAACACUAUCAGAAAGAAGGGAUGGAAAGCUAAACUUCUUAAACUAGCUUUCUCUGAAGCAAUUUAUGGCCUAUGGCAGCUUAGGAAUGCUGUUGUUUUUGACACACCAUAG